AUGGCUGCAGCGAUGGAACCCAUCAAGAUUGCCGAUGCUAUCAUGGCAUUCGCGCUAAGCGGUCGCUUUCCUGAAGAUGCCGACGCUCUGCCGCCCCUCUCCGGUACCGACCUGCAGCCCGCCAUUGACAGCCUGAACCGCGCAGCGGCAGAGCUUGAAACCGAGAUUCAUCAAAUAAACGAAGAAACAAAAGACGACGUCACCGUCUGGGCGAAGAAUGCGAAAUCGUUACAGGAAGACAUUAUACGCUCCAAGACCAUGGCAAACGAGAUUACCCGCCAAUCCGAGGCUCCGGACGUAUCCGGCGAAGCGAUUUCUGAUGCGGAAGAAAAGAUCGAAUUCAUAAACCGCGAGGUCCAGUAUAGCCAUCAACUACACCAAGUCUUGCGCAGCCUCAAGAGAGUCUCUGAGCUACUGAAUCAGGUCGAGCAUGCGCUUGCUGACAAGCGCAUCCUGGAAUCUCUGCGCUUUCUGGAAGAGUCGUGGGCCGCUCUAGACAAUGUGAAUGCGCCGCGGUCGUGUCGUGCGAUGCGCCUCCUCGAUAUUCGCGCCUUUGAGCUGAAGUCGUCCGCAUAUCAAGUCUUUGACCAAAUAUGGAAAUCCAUGGUCAAUGUCGACGUUGACGCGUCGAAAAUCAUCAUUCGCGACACAUAUGCGGAUGGCAGAAUGUCUCUCGCCGACUCUGUCAUCGGACUAAAAGCAUUCAAGGAAGUGGACGAGCGUUUGGAGCAGCUGUGGCACAAUCUCAACUCAUCCAUCGUCUCUCCGCGCAUGGACUUCCAAGCCACGUCACUCAAGAGCAUUUCUGCCGAUGUCGACGAGCUCAGCUUAUCUGGGACAGCUGAUCACUCCAUUGAUAACCUGUUAACAGACCUGGAGACAAUCUUUGUGUUUGUGGCAAAAAAGCUGCCGGCUGAUUUAUUACCAAACUUCUCCAGCCAAAUGGUUGCAGAUGUGAUACCGAAACUCCUCGAUGACUGGCUGGACACAAUUGUUCCAUCAUCUCUACAGAAUAUGGACACGUUCCAACACGCCAUUCAACGAACAGAGCAAUUCUGCACGACGUUAAACGCAAACGGAUAUACCGGCCUGGAACGAAUCUCUACGUGGGCUGAAAAGGCGCCAAUGACAUGGCUCGGAAAGUGUCGCGACACUGCGCUCGACGGUGUGCGAAACAGGCUCGCCGGCGGUAUCGGAGCUCCCAAGCAGGUUGAAAAGAUUGAAAAGCACAUGGUGACUAUCGCAGAAGGCAAAGAGCUUGCCACAACAGGCGCUGGCGCCGCAGCGGAUACUACUGAUUGGAACGAGGACUGGGGUGAUGCUUGGAAUGAAGAGGACCCGACAGCCGGGAAGGCUCAAGAAACCGACAAUAUGCCAGCGGAUGACGACGACGGCACCGAUGCCUGGGGCGGCUGGGGCGAGAGCGCGGAUCACGCCCCAGAGGCUACCGCGGCUGACGCAGCUGGGGAUGAUGACGGAGCGGACGCCUGGGGGUGGGACGAUGAUGCAGCUGCUGAACCUGAGCCAGCGCAGACCGUCCAGUCAACGCCUGCCAAGAGCGUCGCGAGACCGAAGCCAAGAGGCGACGAGACUCGAGAACUUAUCCUCAAAGAAACAUAUAGCAUCUCUUCCAUGCCAGAGCUCGUGUUGGAGCUCAUUUCCUCAAUAUUGGACGAUGGCAUGAUACUCACAAAGGAGGACGGGGCGUAUAACCUCGUGGCUGGAACAGCACCUGGUCUCUUUGGCCUACCAACCUUUGCUUUGGCGUUGUUCAGAGCGAUUUCGCCUCACUAUUACUCUCUUGUUGAGGGUGGCAACAUGUAUUUAUAUAAUGACGCCAUGUAUCUGGCUGAGAAGCUGGGUGAAUUCAGUGCCAAUUGGAAGGAACGCGAGGAUGUGACCCCCCGGGCAAAAGCCAUGCUUCGCCUCGACAAUGACAUCAAAACUUUGCGCAGCUUUGCGAAUCGCAGCUACGCUGCGGAGAUGAGCAUUCAACGGACCAUACUGGGGGAUUUGUUGGGUGACUCGCAAAGUCUACUGCAGCAGGACGAAAUGGAAUCAGCUGUGGAAGCUGGGACGACGCGCAUACGAACAAUGGCCAGCACUUGGGAGCCGAUUCUCGCACGGUCCGUCUGGUCGCAAGCCAUUGGUUCGCUCGCGGACACGAUGGCCAGCCGGCUCAUCAGUGACGUUCUCGAGAUGAGCUCGAUUGGCCAGGACGACGCCUACAGCAUCGCCAAGCUCAUAUCGACGGCGACGGAGCUGGACGACCUCUUCCUGCCCAGCAAGCUCGGCGACACGGCGCCGAGCGAGGACGAGGUGCCGACGACGGCGCAGUACGCGCCCAACUGGCUGCGUCUCAAGUACCUUAGCGAGGUAUUGCAGAGCAACCUGAACGAGGUCAAGUAUCUGUGGUGCGACAGCGAGUUGAGCCUCUACUUUACGGUGGACGAGGUGGUGGACCUGAUCAGGGCGAGUUUCGAGGAGAACGCGAGGACGCGGGACACGAUUCGCGAGAUUCGUGCCAAGAAGCCGCUGUCCGCAUAA